UUGAAAGCAAUUUUGCCAACCAAUUGUCAAGGAGCUCCACCCACAAAAAACAAAACGCUUUCCAUCUAUCUGAUCUACCUUUGAUCAAACGGAGACAAACAGAAUUGCGCAGAGAAAUUGAUUGAUUCAAUGGCAAAGAAAGCAGUAUUGAUAGGAUGCAACUAUCCAGGCACGAAGGCAGAGCUGAAAGGCUGCAUAAACGAUGUGAUAAGAAUGCAGAAAUGCCUUAUAGAGCGCUAUGGAUUCUCAGAAGAAGACAUAAAGAUAUUGAUAGACACGGAUGAUUCCUAUACUCAGCCAACAGGGAAGAACAUCAGAAGGGCUUUGAAUGAUCUUGUAAGGUCGGCAGAGCCUGGGGACUUUCUGUUUGUGCACUACAGUGGGCAUGGGACGAGGCUUCCUGCUGAGACUGGGGACGAUGAUGACACUGGCUAUGAUGAAUGCAUUGUCCCCUGCGAUAUGAACCUCAUCACUGAUGAUGAUUUCAGAGAUUUUGUGGAUAAAGUCCCAGAAGGUUGCCGCGUAACAAUUGUAUCUGAUUCAUGCCACAGUGGCGGGUUGAUUGAUGAGGCCAAAGAGCAAAUUGGUGAAAGCACCAAGCGCCAAGAAUCAGCUUCUGGUUUUGGGUUCAAGAGCUUCUUGCACCAAACUGUUCAAGAUGCGUUUGAGUCUCGUGGAAUUCAUGUCCCCUCUGGAUUGCGCCACCACCACCACCAGAGGCAUGAUGAAGAGGUUGAUGACAGAGGAGUGACCGAAGACUAUGUUGAGCGUGGCUAUGUGAAAAGCAGAUCUCUGCCACUCUCAACUCUAAUCGAAAUGCUCAAGCAGAAAACUGGUAAAGAUGACAUUGAUGUUGGAAAGCUAAGGCCAACUCUUUUCGAUAUCUUCGGGGAAGAUGCAAGCCCCAAAGUGAAGAAGUUUAUGAAGAUCAUAAUGAACAAACUGCAGCAUGGUAAUGGUGAAGGUGGAGAUGGUGGUUUCUUGGGAAUGGUUGGGAAUCUAGCACAAGAGUUUCUUAAGCAAAAGCUGGACAAUGAUGAAGGAUACGGACAAGCUGCCCUGGAGACCGAAGUGGGUACCAAGCAAGAGGUUUUUGCUGGAACAACCAAGCGCAAUCUUCCUGACGGUGGAAUUUUGAUCAGCGGCUGCCAGACCAACCAAACUUCUGCGGAUGCCAGCCCGUCAGGGAAUUCAAGCGCAGCUUAUGGAGCUCUUAGCAAUGCCAUUCAGACCAUAAUUGCAGAGUCAGAUGGCACAGUUUCUAAUGAAGAGCUUGUUACAAAAGCUAGGCAGAUGCUUAAGAAACAGGGUUUCACUCAGCGCCCCGGCCUAUACUGCAGUGACCAUCAUGUUGACGCCCCAUUUGUUUGCUAAUCUUAAUAGGAAUCUUUAUCUGCUGCUGCUACAGAUCAAAAUAAGUCAAUAGCUGCUUUGAAAACUGUGAUUGGUGAGAUUGUUCUGCCCUCUUUUGCUAUUUGGGUUUUCUAUUGUUGUUUGAGUUUUCUGGACAAUGACUUUUGAACAAGAAUGAUUUUCUAUUGUAGCUAUAACUUCAACGAACAUUUUGUUACAAGUUAGUUCUGGUUUUGCUACAAUGAAUACAGCCUAGUGAUCGAUUAUUAUC